GUAACCCCCCCACCCCACCACCACACACACACACACACCACUGGCGCCGCGCUGGUGUCCCCUGCGGGGCUGCGGGUCGGCGAUAGUCUGCGGUAUCAACACAGGAGCUGCUGUUCAAGUCCCGCACCCACACAGGAAACGAGCUAAUCCCGCUUUUAUCCUCCAUUUGUCACGCUCUCUGCUUGUAGACACCUAGAUGAUCAAACCCUCGUACGAAAAAAACGACAACGCACGAUCUAAAAUCUUAUCUGCCUGCCUCUAGCAUUAUUAUUUAACACAUCUCCACUUUCCUUCUAGCUAAAGCAACUGUAUAACAGUCAGUUCACAGUGAAUUGGGAAACGUGAGGGAGUUCUGGCAUCCUAUCGCAAUUCGGCUUGAGUUGACUGAUGGAGACGCCACGGCCGCUCCGCUCACUUCGCCUGCAGCGCCUCGCCGCGGGCAGGAGGCGGAGCGCGAGAGCGCGGCGGGCGUCACGUGAGGUCUCGAGGAGGGCGGGAUGCAGGUCACGUGAACCCUUCGGCGGCUCCAACAUGGCCGCUCUCAACAGAGGGACAUAGCAGCCUGUGCAGCGAAAACACACACGCUUUUCCCCCCGGCGCAAGAUAACACGGGUCCGGGGAGGACAGACCGGCAGUACACUGUUGAGAAGACGCUCUUGCCCGGCGCUGGGCAGCAAAGGGGCUGAGGGGCCGGUUUCUGAAAAGAGAAAUAAAGCUGACUCAACCAGCGAGCAGUCGUCUGUGCGGCUGAGGAAGUUUCUUCGUUUUGCCUUGAAAUCAUUUUUGUUUUCGGUUCCUGUCCGAGUCGACGCGUUUUGUCAUCACCCUGCAACUUCCUUGUUUUGACAAGCCCGGGUAUAUCAAUAAUUAUCUGUAGUUUUUCAAGAGUGAUGAUACAAGCCGGAGAAUGAAAUCACGCGAUCGCACCGUCCGUGUCGCUACUUAUCCGUUGAUGGAAACGCGCCAAGAACAGAUCUGGACACUUAAGUCAUUAGUUCAUGUUUUGUAGUCUGCGUACAUUUUUUUUUUGUUUCUCUUGCGACCACAGCGAGACACUUUUUUUCCCGGUAUCGCACUGUGCGCCGCCUGUUCGCUUCGCCAGUCGGGUCAGAUUUCCGAACUGCUCAGAAUUAAUCAUCAUCAUCAUCAUCAUCAUCACAUGAGCGGGGCAUGACUCCUGCCCGGAGCCCCGCUGGUUCCGUCAUGAGGGGAACGGCUAGUUGAGCCCGUCCAGGAGCCGGUGGAGAAGGCGGCGGAGAAGCUUCAACCCUGAAUCCCGCGGAAACGGAAUGAACGGCGCAGAAGCCCGAGACUGAAGAGCAGACAGCGGCUCCCCCCUGGGCUCAGCCCCGCGCCCAUGGAGGCCUGAGGCGGCCCGAGCUCGGCUUGCAGAGGAGGACCUGCCAGAGAGGGGCCAUGGAUUGGCUGACCGCGGCCGUGGAGAGGGAUCUGGGCAUCGACCGGCGGCAGCUGGCCCCGGGGCCCCGGCCGCAGGAGCUGGUGGCCUACGUCCCCACGCGGUGGGUCUCGGGGCUGAGGGAGAGGAGGCUGCAGCGCUGCCCGCGCCCCGAGGGGCUGAGCGAGCCGGAGGUGCGCACCCUGCUGCAGAGGUCACUCGGCAAGCUGCCCGCCGGCUGGACCCGGGUGUGCAUCCAGGGCAUGAGGAAGAGCAGGCUGGGCUACGCACUGGCCAGGGAGCUGGGCGGCCCGGGAGAGGGCAGCGCCGAGGACUCCUUCCUGAGCCUCAUGCAGGAGGUGGCGGGACGCAACUUCAGGAACCUGUGGCGCAGGGCGUACCGCGCCUAUGUGCGCCCCUACGCUGGAGCCGCAGAGGAGACCCGGGUCCCGGCGCCGGAGGCCCUGCGGCAGGCCCUGCAGGCUCUUUUCGGCUGCCCCUUUGUCCCCACGGAGCGCUGCUCUCCGUCUCUCUCCCCAGCCAAGGAGAGGGAGAAGGAAGCCUGCUUCCUCUCCGCCGCGAGCUCCAAGUCGGGAGACCCCCUGUGCCCCAACGUGCUGCCCGCCGAAUGCCUGCUGGAGUCCCCCGAGGCGCUGUACGUGGUGCAGCCCUACACGCAGUAUUCCCUGCAUGACAUAGUGACCUACAGCCCGGCCAAGCUGGGCAACAGCCACGCCAAAGUGCUCUUCAUUCUGUACCAGCUCCUGCAAGCCAUGAAGGCCUUCCAGGCCGCGGGGCUGUCGUGCGGAGAGCUCUCUCUGCAGGACGUGGCUGUGGACGAGCAGCUCUGCAGCCGCCUGAAAGUCAGCCUGGCGCACUAUGAGUGCCUGGGGGCCGAAGGGCAGCAGCAGCAGCAGCAGGAGGAGGAGGAGGAGGAAGAAGAGGAGGAGGCCUGUGCCAGUAACGGCUCCCUCCGGAGUAACCGUGCCAAAGGGGCUCCCGGUGAGGAACGGUGCCAGGACUGCCACGCCAGACUGAAGAGGCUGGUGACGGAUUGGGUCCACGGCCGGGUCUCCAAUUUCGAGUACCUCAUGGAGCUCAACCGGCUAGCUGGCCGCCGGGAGGGGGACCCCAAUUACCACCCGGUGCUGCCCUGGGUGGUGGACUUCACCGUGCCGUCUGGGAGGUUCCGGGACCUGCGGCGCUCCAAGUUCCGCCUGAACAAGGGAGACAAGCAGCUGGACUUCACCUACGAGAUGACCAAGGAGGCCUUCGCGGCGGCCGCGGCCGGCGGCGGCGGAGGGGGUGGCUUCGGGGGGGGGCUGGGCGGUGUCGGCGUGUGCCCCGGCGCCCCGGCGCAGGCGGAGCAGCUCCACGUGCCGCACCACAUUUCCGACGUGUUGUCCGACAUCACCUACUACGUCUACAAGGCCCGGAGGACCCCGAAGGCCGUGCUGUGCAGCCACGUGCGCUCCCAGUGGGAGCCCAACGAGUACCCCGCCAGCAUGGAGCGCAUGCAGAGCUGGACGCCGGACGAGUGCAUCCCGGAGUUCUACACCGAUCCCACCAUCUUCAAGUCGAUCCACCCGGACAUGCCGGAUCUGGACGUGCCGCCGUGGUGCGGCUCGUGCGAGGAGUUCGUGGAUAUCCACCGCCGACUGCUGGAGAGCCGCGAGGUUUCCCAGCAGCUCCACCACUGGAUCGACCUGACCUUCGGCUACAAGCUCUCCGGCAAGGAGGCCGUCAAGGCCAAGAACGUCUGCCUGCAUCUGGUGGACAAUCACACCCACCUGACCAGCUUCGGGGUGGUGCAGCUGUUCGACCAGCCCCACCCGCCCAGGCUGGCUCCCCACGUGUUCUCCCCGCCGGAGCCCCCUCCCCUGGGCUCUGCCACCAUCUUUGUCCCCCCUUGGGCAGCUCCUGCUUCAGAGGCUGGGGCGCCGGCUGGGCCUCAGGUCACAGACAGCCUGGACGGCCUGGUUCUGGAGGCGACGGGGUGCGAGGCCAGCAUCUGGACUGUGGUGGACAAAGACGAGGAGCUGGAGCAAGGCACGGAGGCUCUGGACUCCCUGGGCGUGGCCCCGGGCUCCGGCUCCGCCUUCUCCUCGCCGGCGGCCUCUGCCAGCGGGAAAGCGGCUGGACCCGUCGAGCAGCUGACUCCAGCCUCGGUGGCGUCCCAGUCUUUGGUCUUCCCAGCCGACGGCACGGCCAUAAUUCCGGCCGCUGGAGGCUCCGGCAUCCGCGGCGCCGCGGCGCAGAGGAGCAGCGGCCUGGGCCGCCGGCAGGGCGAGGGCGGCGGGGCCGGGGGGAGCGCAGGUGUCGAGGAUUUUAAGAUCAGCCUGCCGGAAGGGUUCGGCUCCCUGCAGCCGUUGGAGGAGCUCGAAAGGCUGAAUAACUUCCUGGUGAGGGGUCUCCACGCCAAAGCCCAAGACGGCAGAGAUUCCCAAGGGGAGGAAGAAGACGGUGGGAGCUCUGGGGCUGCUGCUUCCCUUACGGAGCUCUUCCAGAGGGACAUGCAAGCCCUGGGAGUUCUGAUUGCGGAGAUAUUUUACGCUCCGAAACUACGCAGCCUGAAGCCAGGCGCUUCUCUGAAGGAUCGGUACCAAGCCGUCCUGAAGCUGUGCUCCUCGAGCCUGCGGGAGGUCCCCUUGCCCCUCCACCACGCCCUGGAUAUCCUCCUGCAGAGGGGGCGCGGUGGCGGCCCGGGGGCGGGCGGGCGGAUCAGCCUGUUCGCGUACCCGCCCGUUUGUGAGGGUCUGCCCCCGCCGAGCCCCCGGCAGUUCCUCAGCCCUCACACCUCACCGCUCCCCUUCCCAGCAUACUUCCCGGCCCUGCAUCGCUUCGUCUUCUCCUACCACGCCAGGGUGGGAGCGGAGGUCCCCAGGGGCCCCCAGGGCACCCAGGAGCGGGACAUCGUCUUCCACCUGUGGCAUCAGCUGGAGACCCUCUUAAAGGGCAGCAUCACCCCCGAGGGUCUGGAGAUCCUGCUGCCCUUCGUGCUGGCGCUCAUGUCCGACGAGUCCACCGCCGUCUACGCGGCCUGGUACCUGUUCGAGCCCAUCUCCAGGGCCCUGGGCCCCCGCAACGCCGCCAAGUACCUGCUGAAGCCACUGGUUGGGGUGUACGACAGCCCCCGCUGCCUGCGCGGGCGGUUCUACCUGUACACCGACUGCUUCGUCCUGCAGCUCAUCGUGCGGCUCGGCCUGCAGCCCUUCCUGUCCAGCCUGCUGCCCCACGUGCUCCAGAUCCUGCCCGGGUUCGAGGCCGGCGGCGACGGCGGCGUGGGCGGCGGCGGCGGGGGCACGGGACCAGGGUCGGAGUGGGAGAGCCGCAAGGCCCUCAGCCGGGCCGGGGACCUGGAGGAAGAGGAGGAGUACGAGAGCGGCGAGGGGGGUCCCGCGGCGGGGUCCGCCGGUGGGAAAGUGGGCGCGGGUGUGGGGGGGGGCGGGGGAGGUGUGGACGGCGGGCUGGUGGACUACUCCUCUGGGAUCAGCCUCAAUGAAGUCUUCCUCCCGGAGGGAGAGGACUUUCAGAACGGGCUCUAUGUCGGCAACGGAUCGGGCGGCGCGCCCGGGAAGCAGCCGGGCCAGAGCGCAGGCAGGGACGACCAGGAGUCGCUCAGCACGGGCAAGCUGAGCGACAAGAGCAGCGCCAGCGAGGUGUCGCUCGGGGACGGGGACUCGGGGAAGGACAGGGCCAGCCUGAAGUCGGCGGACAGCAGCCAGGACCUGAAGCAGGCCAGCGAGGGAGAGGAGGACCUGAGAGAGCUGGAGGAGGAGGAGGGCGGCCCCUGCCCCGAGCUCGCUCUUUCCGAGCGUGCGGGGGCGGCAGCGGGGGCUGGGGAGGGAGGGAACGGGGAAGGGACGGAGCUGGGAGAGGAGAAGGGCCCGGAAGAGGACGUGGAGGAGGAGGAGGAGGAGGAAGAGGAACACGACCUUUCGGAGGACUCGGACGAGAAAGAACACAAAAUCCUGCUGGACACGCUGUGCAAGACGGUCCGGUGGCUGGCGGCGAAGCUGGGGCCCACGGUGACGUCGCGGUACCUGGCCAGGAACCUGCUCCGCCUGCUCACCAUCUGCUACGUGGGUCCCGACAAGCACCAGUUCGUAGAGUCAGUGGUGGAGGACGGCAGCCUGGACAACGUGGUCAACGUGUACGAGAAGCAGCCGGUCGUCGGGGACCAGAUGGCCGGGCCUGUCCUGGGCUGCCUCAUGUACAUUGCUCACCUGUACGGGGAGCCCGUGCUCACCUACCAGUACCUGCCCUACGUGGGCUACCUGGUGUCUCCACCCUCCUCGUGCCGCCUGAACACCCGCAAGGAGGCAGGGCUGCUGGGCGCAGUGGUGCUGACCAAGAAGAUCGUCGUGUACCUGUCCGACACCACGCUGAUGGACAUGCUGAUGAAGCUGAACCAGGACGUCCUGCUGCCCCUGCUGGACCUGCUGACCUCCCCCAGGAUGGGGUUCCCCAGCGGGGUGCAGACGCGCUCGGCGCUCUGUCUCAAGACCAUCAGCCUCAUGGCUCUGAUCUGUCUGCGCAUCGGGCGGGAGAUGGUGCAGCAGCACAUGGCCGACACCCUGCGCAAGUUCUUCCAGGUCUUCUCGCUCCUGCAGGUGCUGCAGACCCAGGUAGACACAGCCCCUCGGAAGGAAGUUGGCGAUACCACCGUGCUGGAGCUCUGCACCCCGGAUGGGUCAGAGGUCACAUGCGAGCUGUCUGUGUUGGAGGAGCUGCAGGCUGUGUUUAACCCUGAAAUGGCCUACGCGUCCUACAUCCCCUUCUCCUGCCUGAUCGGAGACACGGCGAUGAGGAAGGUGCUGCCGAACUACAAGUUGGUGUGCCAGCUCGCUGUGUCCUACCAGGAGGGCAUCAGCCCCGACGGUGGCAAGCCGGCGACCAGCCAGAGAGGGGAGCCACUCGCCUCGUCCGUGGGCUUCCCUGCUGGUUACGGCAACGGCACGGGUCCGAGCCCCUUCCCCGCUCCCUCGCCCUCCUUUAACGGAGACCCCAUCCCCGAGUCGGGGACCUUCGGCAGCGUGCUGGUGGGUAACCGGAUCCAGCUCACGCGGGACGCAGACGCCGGGGGCGGCGCCGGCGGCCUCCUGGGCGACGGCUGGGGCCGGCCGAGCUCCACCCACUCCCAGAAAGGCCCCGCCCCCUCCUGCUCUGGCGGGGAGCACGGCCCCAAGGACAGCGCUCUGAAGCAGGAGCUGGCCCGGAGCGGCCGGUCCCUCUCGGGGAACUGGCUGGCCUACUGGCAGUACGAGAUCGGCCUUAACCAGCAGGACCCGCACUUCACCUUCCACCAGAUCCGGCUGCAGAGCUACCUGGGGCACACGGGCACGGCCAAGUGCCUGGCCCCCCUCACCGGGGAGGACUUCUUCCUGUCGGGCAGCAAGGACAAGACGGUGAGGCUGUGGCCCCUCUACAACCAGGGCGACGGCACGUGGGACAGCGAGCCGCGGCUCACCUACACCGAGCACAGGAAGUCCGUGUUCUACGUGGGCCAGCUGGACGCGCUGCAGGAGGUGGUGAGCUGUGACGGGACAGUGCACCUCUGGGACCAGUUCAGUGGUAAGCAGAUCCGCACCUACGAGGUGUCCGACAGCAAGAACCCCGUCACCGCGGUGACCACGAUGCCCGCGCCGCACUGCAGCGUGGUGUUCGGCAGCGCCGACUCGGCCCUGAGGUUCAUCGACCCGCGCAAACCCGGGCUGCAGCAUGAAUUCCGCCUGGCGUACAACAACAUCAGCGCCGGGCUGAUCCGGUACCUGACGGUCAGCCCUAACGGCCGGACCAUCGCGGCCGGCUUCUCCUCGGGCUUCGUCGUGCUGAUCGAUGCCCGGACCGGGCUGAUCCUCCGCGGCUGGCCCGCGCACGAGGGCGACAUCCUGCAGAUGAAGGCCGCCGAUGGCAGCCUGCUGGUCAGCUCGUCGACGGACCACACCCUGAGCGUGUGGAAGGAGCUGGAGCAGAAGCCGCUGCACACAUACCGCGCGACCUCGGACCCCAUCCACACCUUCGACCUGUACGGCCCCGAGAUCGUGGCCGGCACCGUGGCCAACAAGAUCAGCGUCUACUCCAUGCUGGACGUGUCGGCCAGCCCCGCCAGCACCACCAAGCUCAGCUCCGAGAACUUCCGGGGGACCCUCACCAGCCUGGCCGUGCUGCCCACCAAGCGCCUCCUGCUGCUGGGCUCGGAGAACGGGGCCAUCCGGCUCCUGGCCUGAGAGCGCGCUGUCGGGGGGGACCCUGGCUCCCCAUCCUGCGGCUGGGGUCGUCCUGGGUGCCGGCCGUCCUGCCUCGGUGAUCCUUCGGCGGUCCUACAGGCGGACCACCCUCGCGGCACUUCCUUGACCCCUGAAAUGCCUGGAGCUCUGGAGGCUCGGACACGGAUGAGUCUGGGCAGCGGGUGGACAGGCGGGAGGCGACACUCAUCGAGAUUCCCUGGGAUCCCCCUCCCGAUGAGCCUCCCGCUUCAUUUCGGAAGAAAUUGAUUUCAGAUUAUUUCUCUUGCUGCUGAAUAGGGAACCUUAAUUCCAGGGGUGGGGGAGUUAGUACUGCCAGAUCUUCCUUUAGAAGCCCCUUCUCACAGCAGCGGCCUGCUGGCUGGGACUGAACUGUGCUAGCACGCGGGGGAAACCGGGCCCGGCUCAGCGUUCUUUCCCCCGCGUGCUGAAUGGGACAGAACCUGACCCGUUUCCCAGCCGUGCUCGGGCGCAGGCCUGCACAUUGCCCUGUGCUUUUCAAGGCCGUACCGUCGCAGAAACUUCAGAUCAUUAUUAAUGCAGUAUUUACGUACAGUAUUACACCCCGUGUGAAGCGCUGUGCAAAACCUUUACUGUAGUUCCUCCUACCAGAACAGUUUUAGUUGUAAAAAAAGGCAGCAAAAUAAACAGCCCUAACACUGAUUUCUUAACCAGGGUUCUUACUCAAGUCUGCUGAAGUCAUAUUGAGCACGGCGUCAGUCCUGAAUGAUGGAUGCUGAUGGUGUGGUCACAGGCUGUUCAGACUCUGCACAGUACACAGUCUGUCCCUGCCAAGGCCGUGCGUAGGUGUAUCCCUCUGCGAUCUGUACCUGGAGCGGAGGAAACAUUCCUAAUAAGCCUGCAAGUCAUGGAUUGAUUGUGCGUAGAACAGUUGGAAAAACAACAGCUCCCUAAUGUACCCGUUUAAGAUACUCUGGGGGCCCAGGCUGGUCCAUGACCACUAAUAAUUUUGACCCGCUGUCCCUGACAGAUGGGCAGAGCCAGUGGACUUGAAGACUCUGCUCCAGAGGUACCCUUUGCGCAGGACGCUAUGGCCUGCAGAGCCAUUAACUCGAUGAAACUACUAUGCAGUAGGACUGCUAGCUCCGGAUCUUUGCGUUUAAUCUGGAGAGGCCUGUUUCUCUCAGGCGGGAGGCCUGGUUAUCCGAAGAUGACGAAGGUCGCUCUGCUCUUCUUGGGCUACAGGAGGAAGCAGCCGGCCUUGGAUAUUGAGUGCUUGUUUUAUUUUUAGCAAGAGUUCUACUAAAUGGCAAACACGGGUAAUAAAAUAAUUUUAACAGUGUGAAACUAGAGAUAAAAAUCCCAGCGGUGCCAGAGAUGGUGUUAAUCUGGACCUGCCCUAAGAGAACAGGGCUGGAGAGCUCGGCUUGAGUGGCAGAUGGAAACUCACUUUGUCUGUGCAGGUAGUGGCCCUGAAACGGCCUGUGUUAAAAACGUGAGCACAGACACAUUUGGUUCUAGGAUUUGAGGAAUUUGGCAAUUAUUCAAGUUCAUCUUGGAGCAGGAGCAGAUCUGUGCUUUUUUUUUUUUUCUAUGUGGGUUUCAUAAGAAACCCCCACAAGUAAGUUAUUAGUCAUUGCACGCAGUGGGUACUGGGUCUCUCUCUGUGCAGUGUCUGAGCAUCCAGAGACCAGUAAAGGACCAGAUUUGAUUACACACACUUAUAAUGUAGCUUUAACGCAGGUGUCUUUUCUUUCAUAGCUGGCUACUCUCUUUUUAUGCUAAGUGACUCAUUGCAAGACAAAAUGAGUAAAACAAUAACGAAACUGGAUCUGAUCACAGAAUUUUUUGUCAAUAAGUUGUAUUUUUUUUAAACCUAGAAACUUAAUGCCUUAUGAAUACAGAACAGUAGAAAAUAAAGUACCAUUGAUAAAUAGGAAAGAGCCAUAAUGAAUCUUAUUGACGUGAAUAAAAAGCACUGAACAAAGCUGGACCUUGAAGACUCGAGAGAGCCUGGUUAUGGACAGAUCGGCUUGAUCUCGUAUUCUGUAUGUUGUGCAAGCGAGCGUUCUCGGCUUUCAAGGUAUUAUAGUGGAGACGGGUCUGAAAAAACAAGACGACCUGACAUUGGACUGUGUUGUUGGAUUCUGCUUACUUCAGUGCUUCUUUUCCAAUGUGCCCUCUCUUAAGCCACAGUAGAGAGAGCCUGUUGACUGAACCACUCCCAAUCAGGUGUGAAACUGAAUCGGCACAGAGCUGUGUGCGCGUGAAGUGAAGUGGAGUGGAACCUGCGUCCUUCAGUUCUAGAAUGGAGCUUCCAAGCGGCGAGAGGUUAAAGGUCGUACCCGUUGGCUAACUUCAGGUAGUUUAUGAGGUAGGGAUGGCCAUCGUGUCUGACCCCAGAGGCCAAGCUGUGGCAUUUUUCUCUUCCUCAGCUCUUGAGACUUUCAGAAUCCCCACUACACUCCCCCCCCCCC